GAACAUCGCGUUCCCGCCCCCUCCCCAGUUCACCGAAUGGUGCGCCCUGUAAUAGAAAACAAGCGCACCCCGAGUACAUAAACCCACCCUGCUGAGAGCACACGCAGCGGAGAAAGGCGGACGACAACAAACGCAGUGUUAUUGAAUUACUGACGAAGCUCCCACUCAAACCAGCAAUUUCCAGCUAUGAUGGGACGGUUGUUAGAAAUUGGACUUUUGUCCUUGAUUUUUUUGGCUCUCCUGAAUCCUGCAUCAACUUGGGGUAGAAAAAGCAGCAGCAGUGGAAAGAAAACGUCCAGCCAUGGGAGUGGGACUCAAUCGAAGCCGUCAAGCACUCAGCCCGGAAACUAUCCUCGGCAGCCGCAGAGUCCCAACCGCAACCCCAAUCCGUAUCCCGCUGGAGGGAGUUACCCAGACCCUGGAAAAAAGAACACCAACCCGAGGCAAAAUCCACCAAGCUACCCAGGAGCAGGGGGUUCCCCAAAUCAGUAUCCUGGAGGUAAUCCUGCUGGAUACCCUGCAGGAGGAUAUCCUAAUCAACCAGGAAGGGGGAAUUAUCCGAAUCAGAACCCACCUGCAGCAGGCUACCCAGCAGGUGGAUACCCCAACCAAUAUCCAGGCAGAGGAGGGUCUCCUAACCAGUACCCCGCCGGAGGGAAUUAUCCUGCCGCUGGGGGAUAUCCAGCAGGUGGGUAUCCCAAUCAAUACCCAGCAAGAGGAGGUGGUCAGUACCCUGGAGCAGGUGGUUACCCAGUCAGAUCAGGAAAUACAGGACAAGGAUGGGGUCCUGGAGUGCAAGGUGGAAACCCAGGUGGUUAUGGCGGUGGUUAUGGGGGUGGUUAUGGUGGUGGCUAUGGGGGUGGUUAUGGCGGUGGUUAUGGCGGUGGAGGUGCUGGUGGUUACCCUAACUGGAACCCAAAUAAUAAGAUCCUCAGCCCAAGGUAUGGUGGAGGAGGUUAUGGUGGCCCUGGCAUGGGAGGAUCUCCUUUCUCUCGUUCUGUGCAGGGCAUGGGAUAUCAGCCCAAGUCGACUGGUUUUGCUAAAAAAGCCAUGAUGGCAGCAGGUGUUGGUGCCAUCGCCGGGAUGGCUGUCGGUUAUGGGCUAGGGCGAUUCCCUCGGCCACAUUUCGGCUUCCGCAACCCCGAAGAAGAACAGUACUACAACAACUACAUGUACAAGCGUUAUGGGACCAAGUCAACCGAUGAAAAGGACUACGGCCGCGACUACGUCUACAAACCUCCUCCACGGGCCGAGACCUACGAUGCCUUCAUGAAGCGCUGCAUGAAUAGCACUGACCUCCACAAAGGCCAAGCCUCAUCCAAAAGUGAUGAGGAUGACGACACCGUCAGCAUCGAGGAAAUUGGGUACCCGGCCCUGAUCAACCAGGUCAAGUCCCGGCGCUGCGUGGAGAAGUACAUGGAAUACUCAGCGCAGUUCAUGCAGGAACGUAAGGCCGAACCGCAGUAUCAGCCAAAUGGAAGCAGUACUACGAGCUACGGGCUGACGCAUCUUUUCACAUCCAGCCUAGUGCUUCUCUCCAGCGUGCUGCUGCUGCAGUGAGGAAGAAGAGAAUCAUUCCUUUUAGCCACGUCCCAAAUAGAUUUCCCCUGCCUCCAUUAUAGCUGUUAACAGUAACAACCCGUGUAUCUAAUCUUUUCAGUCAAAGCCAUAGCUGCACAUUUUUACUUGCUAUAACUAACCAAUAUUUCUGCAAAACGAUGUAAACUGGAAAAGAUUUUGUGCUGCACAAAGUGCGCUGACAAGAUAUAUCUGGAAUUAAUUGCACCUUUUGUCUACUGAUUGCUUUGACUCUCAAUGCAUAGUGAGGAGCAAAAUUACUGAUGGAAGCGAGGUUAUAAAUUAUUAACAAUGAAGAUCGAUGUUCUGUAUGUUUGUUGGACUUCUAAUAAGGGGGUGGGAGUUUACAUUGUAUAUUUAGCAUGUUAUGUAAUCCUCCAGAGGAAUCAUUCACUUGGGCAAAAUAUGUUCACAGGUACAUUAAAUUGUUCGCAGUGGAAAAAAGAGAAGGUUGCAGCUGUGGGGAAAUGGUCCAAAUAAAAGCGAACAUUGGGUUGGAAACACUUGACUGCCCUUCUGACCCUAGUAUUUCCUUUCUGUAAAACCAAAUCAGCAUUCAAGGGAGUGUUGUUUUAAGCCACUUCUAGUCAGCCCGGAAUAGGGUUUAUUGGUAUUUUUGCUGAAUUGGAUUGUCACAAACAAAGAGCAUGCACUGAAGAUGACAACACAGCUGGGUAAUUAGUAAUGAUGCUCUGAGAAAACAGAUGCUGGCUGAAAAAAACAUAAAUAAAAACAGGGUUUUCAACGUGAUCCGGACCUCACCGUUGAACAGAAAAUUGUAAAGUAAUAAAAAAAAAAAAAAUCCUAUCUUUUUCUGAUCAGUGAAUGCACCAUAAGUAGAUAUCUGGUCUGGCUAAUAAAAGCACUCUUUGAUGUGGAAGGGUGUUACUGUGGGAAGAAGUUACUUAUAUUUAGUAUAACUGAUGUGUUUAGAGUGAAGUCAGAGAAAUAAUUCAAAGCUGAAAUAGUAGGAGAAGCAUGAAGUGGCUUCUCCUACUAUUAUGAAUAACUACUGACUGUUUGUAGCAGAGAAGCUAGAAAAGAAAAUUACCCGAAUGUUGUUGAUUAAAUCUGAACCAGCUAAAUUGGUAUCGGUUGAUCAAAGCUGUACAGAAAUCAGAAAUUGGCAGCAAAAAUCUGAUCCGCGCAUCUUUAGUAAUUAGUUGGGUGUGCAUACUAUAUGGACCAACAAAUGAAUCCAGUUUUGUUCUCCCCAAUGAAGGUCAUGUAGGUGCAGUGUGAUAAUUAUUUUGUCGACUCUCGUUACAAGUGGAAGUUGACCUCCAUUUUUGGUUAAACAACCUGUACAUCAGAAGUCUCUCCCAACGUAUUCGACGGUGGAGGAAAUGACUAAAAUCAAAAUAAGCCUGAAGGCUUUCUUUGCAUGGAAAAACUGCUUUCGUUCUAAGAUUUAUCCGUCUCAGACAUCUUGUGUGGUUACCUGUAACUUCCUGUUCUUCACCUUCAAGCUUUUGAUCAGAGGACACAUCAGUGGGGGGUGUUGCUACAUUUCCUGCAGCUUUUGUGAACGCUCUGUGCAUUGGUUGGCGGCAAUGUUGGAUACUUUUCAUCUGCACACUGAGAAAAUGACUAACUUUAUAGUAAUAGCCCCAUGUAGUCCCUGAAUAUUGUGCAUCUACAGAGAGGAAGUGGACGCAAUGAUGCUGAGAAUGUUGUACAAUAUGCCCAGCAUGAGUUUUUAGAGUAAUUAUUGUGCUUGUGCUAAAGCAAACCGUGGUUAAUUUUUCAUGUAUUCCUGCACACCUUAUUGUAGAAAACCUAAGCACCUGGUUUUGUUUUUGUCCAAAUAUCUUCCUGAAUGCCUCUGUAUUUUUCGAUACAGUGACAUUGUCAUUCAUCAGGGCUUGUUAUUUUGUACAUUUCUUGUUGAUUUUACUCUUACCUCUAAUGUCACACUUUAAGAAAAAAAUCUAACUGGCUAAUAUCGGCUUUUCUGUCCUUAAGAUGAGUUAGAAAAAAUGCUGGUAAAUGGUUAAAUCAUACAUUUUUCCCUUUCUAAAACCCAUACUUUUCCAUUUUCCAAUUGAUUGUACGGAACCCUGUAUGUGCAUAUUAAAUGUCCCCCUUUGGUUUGUUUCUAUUCAUCGUGUCUUUUUACAUUUCUUAAAUAAAUUCUCUGAAUGAAAUUAACUUGUUGGAUUUUAACUGAUUUUGGCAAGUAAGGUUUAUGGGAAAUAAACUUUGUUGUCAUAGCAUGUAGACCUCCUCUGUAGAAUAUCUGUAAAGUGCACUUAUGUCCCUCCAGAACUGGAUAUUCUUUAAUUACUGUAGGUUAUUAAAUGUAAAUGUCUGGCAAUGUUUUCUUGUCAUUUUGAGUCUCAGUUGUGACCACUUUCUCCUAUUCAUCAGAUGCAAUUACUAUUAUGAUUUGUAUGUGAAUGUUUAUUUGUUAAAUAAAUUCAGUUCAAAAAUCA